UAAAGCAGUUUAUGUCUUGAAUUCGUUUCGGAAAGUCUGAUGGUGAAACGAGCUCGUGUGUUGAUCAAUCUAAAAACCCCUUUAGUUCAGUGCGAAGUCGACUUAGUUCGUAAUAUACAAAUAGUUACUCGUUGACAGCAGCCGGUGGCGGCAGUGUAUCUAUCAAAUAAAUGUGUGAUUUUGAUUACAUUUAGUUUGGAUUUUUGUGAACUAUCAGAACCCCUAAAAGUUCCUUUUUAUUUUUGUUUUAAUUGAUAAGAAAAGAAUAAUAUUGUUCAAUGUGUGAUAUGCUCCAUUCAGUAUAAAUAUUUAGUAUAGUAAUAAAGAUCGCUCAGUAUUUUAGCAAAUCUCAGCAAACAAAAGUUGAUUGCUGGUUAAAUUUCAUAAUAUCUCAAGUACCUACUAAAAGUUAAGAUUAAUAAAAGGUACAUUGAUACCAUAAAUUUGAAGUUCUAAAUUUAUAUCCAACUCAACAAUCAACCCAACAUGACGAAAAACAGGGCCGACGAGGAGCAUGACAAAUUCGUUGCUAAUAAAAAUCUACAAUAUGUGAUUGUACCUGCUUCGGAAAAAGCACUUCUACCGUCGUCAAACAGAGAAUCUCAUACAAAAAUUACAAAUGCAACAGACAUACCCCACCAAAAAACAUCAAGUAAACGAGGAAUAUUUCAUCAGAUCAUUGCAGCAUGUGCUGUGCUCUUAUUAUCAGCAGCAUGUGGUAUGCCAAUUGGUUACUCGGCAGUUCUUUUACCACAAUUGUACAAUUCAACAACAACAACAAUACCAAUCGAUGUGGCCAAGGGAUCAUGGAUUGCAAGUGUACAUAGUUUAGCAACACCAGUUGGUGCACUAAUGUCUGGAAGUUGUGCUGAUAUGUUUGGAAGGCGAAAAACACUCUUGUAUUCUGUCAUACCAAUUAUAAGUGGUUGGUGUUUGAUUGCAAUGUCAAACUCGUAUUAUAUGAUUUUAAUUGGAAGAUUUAUAACAGGAUCUGCAGUUGGAGUCCUUGGCGCUCCUGCUCAGAUUUACAUUGCUGAAACAGCUGAACCCAACCUCAGAUCUCUUCUAAUUGGAGCACCAGCAUUUUCCUACACCAACGGAAUUCUACUCGUCUAUAUUCUUGGUUCAAGUCUUGAAUGGCGUUUAGUAGCGUGGUUGUCGAUUGUUCUGCCAGUUCUAGCUGCAGUAGCGCUUUUUCUUAUCCCCGAAACACCAUCAUGGUUGGUGCGCAACAAUCGUUCGGAGAAAGCCUUCAAAGCUUUGAAAUUCCUACGACACAACGAAUCUACUGCUCAAUCAGAAUUAACUACAAUCCACGAACGUCUGGAUCAGGAGAAAGUCACAACCAAGACGAAUGAGAACAUUUUCCGUCUCUGUUGUCAACGUGCUGCCUACAAGCCUCUAUUCAUUGUCAUAGUAUUUUCGAUUCUUCAAAUGUUUUCCGGGACUUUUUUGGUUGUUUUCUAUGCCAUCGAUAUCAUUUCGGAGUUCGGGAACAGUAUUGAACCCAAGUCAGCAGCUAUUCUCACCAGUAUUGUACGUUGCCUAUGCACGCUGAUGAUAUGCUUCAUUUUAUUGGUUGUGCGCCGAAGACUUAUUACCAUCAUCUCAGCAUUGGGAUCAGGUUUGAGUUGCUUGGGCCUCAGCUUAUUUAUGUACUACCGUCAAGGCCAACCAAACUCUCAACUUGACGUCUAUGUUGCUAUUACCUGUUUGACGUGUUACAUUGCAUUCAAUACUCCGUUGAUGGUCAUGCCCGGAAUCAUGGUUGGAGAAUUGUUUCCUGCCAAAAUUCGAGGUCGUACAGCUGGUACAAUGUUUGCGUGCUGUAAUGUAGCACUGUUUUGUUUGGCCAAAGCGUUCCCAGUCAUAAAAGAAGCAGUGAAGACACGUGGAGUGUUUCUAAUGUUUGCUAUUGCUAGUUUCUUGGCAGCAAUUUUCACAUUCCUUCUGCAACCAGAAACCAAAGGAAGGACUUUGGACGAAAUCGAAGAUUAUUUCAAUGAGAAAAAUUGGUUUUGGGUAAAUCGAAGUGAUCGAUUCAGGAGUAAUAAAAAGCUCACAGUCAAAGCAUAGGAGAGAUUGAGUAUUGAAGUUUGCUUGUUCAUUAGAGUAGAACUCGAUGUGUGAUAAUUUUUGUUUUUAAUAUUAAAUAGAACUAUUAAUAGGUAUCAAAUAAAUCUGUAUGUAUGUACAGUAUAAAUUUACUAUUAUUUUAGGUUUAUUUCAGUUAAGUAAUAGGCAUAACAAUUAUUGUAUAUUUUAUAGAAUUUAAAAUUUGUUGUAUGUUUAAGUAAUUGUAAAUAAUUGAAGAAUGAAAAUGAAAUUAAAAGAAAAACUA